UCGAGCAGAUAGAUGGCGUAGCGACAUUGCUAACCAAACCCUGACGCUUAGCCCUCCCCUCAUUGUUUUACUGAAUAAGAGGAGGAUACAACAUUACAUAUAAUAUUUGCUCACGGCAAACUGAAAGCGAAGAGCACAGACUCUAUUUGAGCUGUUUUGUUGUUGAACGAAGCAUUAAAAGCGACUAAUGUAGGACGGAUGGUGUAACGUAAAAGUACUAGCAGCCUGCUAGCGCUUCAUAUAUGUGUUUGUAUGUGUGUAUGUGUGUGUGUGUGUGAACCCGGGAAGCGCAGAGGCUUCUUUUUUUUUUUUACUCAAUAACACUCUACGAAAGAAAAGUAAGAGAGAAUUUGCUCGGCUAAGCAAAUAUCAGGAGUCGCUGGCUUGGAUUUUGGCUCGUUUUAUGAGCAAGAAGAGAAGAGAGGAGCAGUAAACUUGACUCAGGAAUGACGGACAUCGCUGCAGUGUCGCCACAUUCAUAUAGGUCUGAUUGAGCGCAGCCGUGAGCUAUUCAGUGCGUCGACGCUCAGACGGAAUGAUCCAGCAGGGUGACUAAGAGGAGGAAGAAGGGGGGAGAGGAUGGGUGUGAAUGCCUCCAGCUACCCUCACUCGUGCUCCCCUCGAUUCGGGGGUAACCCACAGACCCAGCAGACCUUCAUAGGCGCCUCCUAUGCACCACAGGGUUAUGGCGGCGAGUCCAAGCUCUACAGCCUAGAACAUGGCCCUGAAAAACCUCAGGACAAGAAGAAAAAGAGCUCCGGUUUGGCCACGCUCAAGAGGAGAUUCAUUAAGCGACGCAAAUCCAGUCGGUCUGCCGAUCAUGCACGACAAAUGCGUGAGCUCCUCUCGGGUUGGGACGUGCGCGACGUCAAUGCCCUGGUGGAGGAGUAUGAGGGCACGGCAGCACUCAAAGAGCUCAGUCUGCAGGCGGGCCUGGCCCGGCCUGAGGUUCGCACCCUGCAGCGUGAUUUAGCCACCCUUUAUCAGCACAAGUACUGCACUGAUGUGGACCUGAUCUUCCAGGAUUCCUGCUUCCCAGCACACCGUGCCAUUCUGGCCGCCCGCUGCCCGUUUUUCAAGACCCUGCUUUCGUCAUCGCCGGGUUAUGGGGCAGAGGUGUUGUUAGACGUUGGGACGGUGGGCAUGGAUGCGCCCAUGUUCUCCUCGUUGCUGCAUUACCUCUAUACGGGUGAGCUGGGCUCGGAGGAUGCGAGGUUGCAGAAUGUGGAUGUGCUGGUCAGACUGAGCGAGGAGUUCGGUACGCCCAACUCCUUAGAAGCCGACAUGCGAAACCUUUGUGAGCACAUACCGUAUUUUGACUCACUGCUGAGCUUCUCCUCAGACUCUGAGCUGGUGGAGGCUUUCGGAGCAGGUGGACCUGCACCUACUGGCGCAGGAGUUGGAAACACAGGGGUGAACCACAGCUCACCUGAUGAGGAGCUAAGGGCCCACAAGGCCGUGCUCUCAGCGCGGUCGCCCUUCUUCCGCAACCUGCUACAACGACGCAUCCGCUCGGGUGAGGAGAUCACAGAGCGAACUCUGCAAACCCCUACCCGUAUUAUCCUCGACGAAUCCAUCAUUCCCAAGAAAUACGCCCGUGUAGUCUUGCACUGCAUGUACACCGAUGCAGUGGACCUUUCGUUGGUGCUGCGCGGGAGCCCUUCUGAAGGCAGUCUGGGUGAAGUUCAGGCGCUGGUGGCUGGAAGAGGAUGCAUGAGUCGGGCAGAAGAGGCCAUGGAGCUCUACCACAUCGCCCUCUUCUUGGAGUUCAGCAUGCUGGCUCAGGGCUGUGAAGACAUUGUGGCAGACAGCAUCUCGCUGGACUCUGUGGUGGCCAUCCUGAAGUGGAGCUCACAGCCAUACGGCUCCAAAUGGGUUCAUCGGCAGGCCAUGCACUUCCUGUGCGAGGAGUUCAGCCAGGUCAUGACCUCCGACGUCCUCUACGAGCUUUGCAAGGAGCACCUGCUGGCGGCCAUUCAGUCUGAUUACCUGCAGGCCAGUGAACAGGACAUCCUCAAGUAUGUUGUAAAGUGGGGCGAGCACCAGCUCAUCAAGAGGAUGGCCGAUAGAGAGCCUAACCUGUUAAGUGGUACUGCACAUAGUGUGAAUAAACGUGGCGUGAAAAGAAGGGAUCUGGACCUGGAAGAGCUUAAAGAGAUUCUCUCUCCACUGCUGCCUUUCGUCAGAACUGAGCACAUAUUACCAACCAACAGUGAGGUCCUCUCUGACACUAUGAAGAGGGGUCUGAUCAGCACCCCUCCCUCUGACAUGCUGCCCACAGCGGAGGGAGGCAAAGCCAACGCCUGGCUCCGGCAGAAGAGUGCUGGUAUUUAUGUCCGCCCACGGUUAUUCUCUCCUUAUGUGGAGGAGGCCAAGGCGGUUUUGGAGGAGAUGAUGGUUGAACAGACCGACCUGGUUAGGCUGCGCAUGGUUCGUAUGUCCAAUGUACCCGACACACUCUACAUGGUAAACAAUGCCGUCCCCCAGUGUUGUCACAUGAUCAACCACCAGCAAAUGGCUGGCAGCCAGACAGCUCCACCGUCUGUGGUUGCUAACGAAAUACCAGUGCCCAGGUUGGCAGUAGUGAAGGAAAUGAUCCGUAGGCUGCAGGAGCUGCGUCACACAGACCAGGUGCAGCGAGCGUAUGCUCUGAACUGUGGUGAGGGCGCCACAGUCAGCUACGAGCUGCAGAUCCGUGUGCUCAGAGAGUUUGGCCUACCUGACGGGGCUGCAGAACUCCUACAGAAUCCGCACAAAUUCUUUCCCGAGGAGCGCUUUGGAGAUGAGAGUCCCGUCCUGGCCUUGCGCCAGUCAGGUCGCUGCCGGGUCAACAGUACACCAGCUGUGGAGAGCAUGUUCACUGACCUGGAGGCUCUGGUGGGCUUCCACCCUCUGCCCCCACCUCCUCCACCCUAUCAUCCCCCGACCACCCCGGGCCAUAGCCAGCAGCAGUAUAAAACGGGCUGGAGACCUCGGGUCCCCACCCAGCCUCCCUCCAGAUCUUUCUCCUACCCCUGCAAUCAUGCACUCCUUCACAGGCAGCCCUCUUCCAAGAUGGGCAGCCCAGUCUACCCACCAGGAGCCAAGCCCCUGCCCCCAGACUGCACUAAUGCACAGGGGGGGAGAAAUCUUCAUCCUGACAAGCAAAUGAACAUGGAGCCUGUUAUCAACGAGUUCAUGCCAGACAUCGCCAUGGGUGUUUCAGCAAUGAGCCUGAAGGAGCGGCGCCUUCCGGAGGUCUCCAUGGAGGUGGAGAGUCACGAAGCCCACCCUCACCUUUCUACAGCUCCUCCCAUGUCCCACAGCUACUCCAGUCGUCACCCGCACUCCUCCCGCAAGCGGCACGCAGCUGAACCCAAGCCUGAGGGCCCACAGCCUGACUUCCCAGAUCUCUACGAGUUCCCAGGCCGUCACGUGCCUCCCUACAGCGGACCGGACCUCUAUAUCCACGGCCGUCAGGCAGGUGGUGGAGCACCACCUCCGUCCUACUCCGAGGCUUCAGAAUCCCUCCGUCUGGAUGUGCUGGAACAGCCUCCACAGAGACUAGACUUGGCAAUCGUCUCGCAAGGGGGCGUUGCACAAGCCAUGCAGAGGUCAUGGCCCAUAAACGAGACAGACCUCACCUGUGGGCUUGGCCCCUCCACAGAACAGUAUGAGGAAUGGCCCACGGGCCGCCGGCCUGCUCCAGAAGGAAUGGGGCUGGGCUUAGGGGCGAACGUUGGGUCUGGGGACGAGGGAGGCUUGGGUGCCCGAGACCGCAGGUCGCCCAGCAAACCCGAAUACCCCUACAGGAAAUCUGCUCUCUGACCCCUGAUUAAAAAAAGACUGAGGACUGAUUUAAAUGCUAAGUGUAAGCUAAUAGGUGAGGCACCAGCAGUCCUGCACUUUGUGUUCUUUUGAGGGCUGACAGUAUCUUGAAGUGAUGAACGCCCAUAAGCUGCGCGAGUGGCUGCUUUUCUGAAGGCUAAAGGGAGAUGUCGUGUAAACUGCUCUGGAUAGGUUCGAAACCCAGUGAGGAGAGCUUGGUUUGGUUAUGUGCACCCUGAAAAGAGGUCAAAAAUGUGAAAUAUUUUAAUCUGAGAGAUCCUUAGAUUUAUGUACAGGAUAUUAAUGUACAAGUAUCACAGUAUAUUUCUUUUACUUUUAUUUUCCUGAACAGACUAUGAUGACUGGAAAAAUAUACAUUCAUCUAUAUGCACAGAUUUAGUUUCUUAGGAGUAAAUUGAAAAAAUAUGAAGGCAAUAAGUUGCAAACUCAUUACUUUGUCUAGUCCUUGACAAACGGCUCCUUCUUCUUUUGAGGGCAGAGUGGCAGUAAUAGCUCAUGUAAUCUGCCGCAUACGCCGGCUUUUACAUUAGCCUGUGCAAUUUAAGAGCCGAGAUGGAACAUAAAAGGGAAAACAAAUGAAAUCCCCUGUCUCCUGUGAGGCAACUUAUCAGGCAUAACAAUGGCACAGAUGCACCAUUAAAUGUGAAUGGGGCUUUGUUUUAGCAUGUUUCACAACUCAGAUCUGCAGAUUCAUUCCAGUAUAUUUAACUUUAAAAACUAUCUGUUCUCUCCAACAAAAAUUUGGCAUCCUCUUUUGCAUUCAGAUUCUCAUUCCAAGGCUGCAGUUGGUGGCAUUCCUGAGAGAUGGCAAAUAUGGGUUGAUCAUUAUCAGCCACGUUCUCCAGAACUGUACAGGACGCUCAACCAAACCAACCUCACACCACAUCCUCGGUCCUCUGGUUCAGUAGGACGGCAGCAGUUCAUUAGCUUUUCUGUGCUAGUUCUGUCAGCAAAUGACCAACAAUUAUGAUGUCAUGAACAGGACUUUGCAAAAAAGAGAAUUCUUGAAGUGUCAUGGAUUUAGACAUGAGUAUUUACUUUUGAUUUGUUACACAACACUCUAUCAUACACACUGCUGCACACCCUACCUAUAGAUGAAGUGACUUAUUUUAAGCUUGUUUUUUAGCAUCCGAAAUACCUGUAUUCUUAAAUAACUGUGCAAUAGUGCAGCUUUUUCAUUUUAAAUAAUCAUUUUGCUUUCUUCUCCUUACAAUAAGAACCUUUCUCAGAUAUAAUACUGACGCAGUAAAUAUGCAGGCUAGUUCACUCAAAAAUGCAAAUUGUGUCCUCAUUUACUCAACGUCAUGUCGUUCCAAACCUGUGUAACUUUUUUUCUCUCUGUGGAACACAGAAGAUAUUUUGAAGAACUGUUUUUGUCCAUACAAAGUCUGUGAGGUCCAACAAUAUCAACAUUUGACCCCUUUGACUUUCACUGUGUGGACCAAAAAACCUUUCUUCAAAGAACAUUCUUCAAAAUAUCUUUUGUGUUCUGCAGAAAGAAAAUAUAUCCUACAGAUUUGAAACAACAACCGGGUUAGUGAAUGAAGGAAUUAGCAUUUUGGGGAAACUAUCCCCUUAACGUAAUCAACAAUAGCCUUUCCCCACAAGCGACGAUGGUACUGUAUUCUUCUCACAUGCUCUCAAAUAUUAUUAUAUAAGAAUCUCAUGUUGUAUUAGACCGGAUGGGACCUCUGUUGAAUAUCCGAACGAUCCUCAACUGUAUUCAUCCCACAUUCUUCACUUCAAGUGCUUCUUUCUUUGGAGCACAAGAAGCGUUUUAUUGGUUGAAAGCACAACGUUGUGAGAAAUACUAAGAAUGUUAUUUCAUUUUGUCAGAUAAAAGUGCUCAGACAAUUUAUAUGCUGGUUAAAGGCUCGAGUUUCAGUUGGAUGGUCGAUCAGAUUUUAUUUUAUUUUUUAUUUUUUUGACUGUUAAGAACCCACAGUUAAACCAAAGAUGAGUUUGGGAGGAUGUUUGUGUUGCAUGGUGAAUCUCGGAAGCAUUUUAUUUUAUCUACCAGGUUUCUUUGCCUCCUAGCAAGUUGAACUGAAACCAUUGGGUUGAGAUUCAUGUUUGUUACUCAAGACUCUUUGGUGACUGUGACCAUCGAAGGAACAUUUAUCAUCGAUUGAUUUUUAUCGAUCUCUCCCCAGGCUCUUUGACUUACAGAGAUGGUCUUAAGAGUUGAUGUGGGGUUAGUACUGCUCUAUCUGUAGUUACGGCCUUAAGACCUUACCUUGGGAAACGCAGUUCUCCAUCUUAAAUCGCAUAAGGUCUUCUGUGCCAGAGAGACUCUCUACCUCUACUCUCUUCUCUCAACAUAUUUCAGUCAAUUCGAUUUUCCAUCUUUAUAUUCUUUUCAACUUAUGCAGACCUCUUGAUCUUCACCUUGAACAUUUGUCAUUGGGGGACCAGAACCAACAGCAGGAAAUCAGAUUUUCACCACUUUCUCACAUUUUUGUGAGGAUCCUCUCUUUCUUUUCUUUACACUUGCUGUUUUAUUAGAACUUAACAACAAAGUUAAGAUAUAUCUGAGGACAGUGCCAUCUUGGAUGACAAUUAACUCAAUCUACAGUUAUCACAGGUGUUGUUAUUCUUCAUCUACCCUUGGUUGUUCUUCAGAAUUGUUAGCUGCCUGAUGCAGUUGCAGUGCAACGAACAGGUCCUCCUGGACUCCUACUACAGCCCACCUCUGAGUCAAGCCUGAAAGAGUCAUGAACCCUGAGUGGGAGAGCUCCAGUUUGCCAUCCUGCGACGCUUCAGAGGGUCAGAUCCAAAAAUAGAUCCAACGUAGACCCUGGCUGGGGUGCAAGUGAUCGUCUCAGAGAGUUGAAGUCAUCUGAAUCGGACUGAGAUUGGUAGGACGCUGUUUGUCUCCUCUGAAUUUCAAGGACGUAGCUCUGCGGUUCUCUUCACGUCAGGCUUAUCAGAUACAUGAAGAUCUUCAGUCCCUGUUACAAAUGGUUCAGCCUUUCCAUUGGCGUUUAACAAACCUGAUAAUACAUCAUGAGAUUGAGCUUUCAGUGUCUGUGGUUCUUUCAAAAUGCAAUGCAUCGCAGCCUACUUAAGCCUACCUUCCCUGACCUCAUUCCGCAGCAAAAAGAGGACGAGUGAAGCCAUUUACAAACCACAUUUAUUCAGAAUAAAAAGAUAUUUUGUUUCACAGGGCAGGCGUUUCACUCAAACUUCAUUUUACCUUGCAGAUCCUCCAGGUUUCAUGUCAGCAUGACAACGACGAAUCAAUGCACCUGUCACGCAACUUGUUUUACCACCAGCUCACACGUUCUUCUUUUGUGUCGGAAGCUCUUGUCAAAAGCGCAGUCGUUUAAAUUCUCAGUGUUGCGACUUUGUAACUCAGUAUUUUUGAGCUGUCGGUCCAUCCUUCUGUACCAAUGCCAUUUUGAAUUGGGUCAUCUGUCGAGCGAAGAUCUCUCGGUAUGUGUUUUUUUUUUUUCCUUCUGUUUUUAUGUAACAGUUGCAUGUUAGUUCUGAUUUUCCUGUUACCUGUAACUCCAAGCAUUGAGUAAUUGGCAUCAGCACUUCCCUUCGAGGCAGCCAAGAGGAGAUCUGAGGUCUGUCAUGUCAUUCUAGCGAAUCGCACUGGCUGCGUAACCAUGACCCAAAAUCGACAGAUGGAUAUUUAGGCCUACUGCUGCUACUCAGAGGUUUUCCUGCCAGCGGAGAACAUUAUUUCUUGACGUCAAUGCCGAUCCCAGCGAUCUAGUCCCAUAUAGACCCAGCCAUGCCUUAAAUUUAAGGGGGAGGUUAGGAAAACUCCUUAGAUCGCCUUCGCCUAUGCUAUACUCAGGCCAUUUUCAACUGCUAAGUCAUUUAUUUCAUGUUAUAAAACACAGAUCAGAUCAUUUUGAUUGCUGCAAAAGUCGAUGCACAGUUUGAAGAUAUUAUUUUGUAUUUGAGAUGCACACUGACCUCAUAAUUAAUACAUUUCUAUCACAAAUGCCAUUUGUGGUCAUUUGGGUUUUGUGGGUUGCUUGCCUGAGAGACCGUUAGGGAAUGAAUUGGAAAUGCAUUUGAGCUCCCAGUGAGGAGCUUGAAUCGUUUAGUCUGUCCUGUAGAACUCAACUGGCACGUAGUUUGACAUUAAUUUUUCAUUGCUUAAGAAUAAUGGGUUCGUUUUGGGUGGGAAUGAAUUUGGCUACUAUACUUAUACCGAGGAGUAAAAGCUAGAACAGAUGAAGGUACCCAUUGCACUAAAUUUUUGAUGGUGUAACGUUUGUUGUGGAAUAGCGCCCUCUGUUGGCUCUAUUGAUUUAUUUUGACUGAAACUAGUUCUAGAUUCACAGCUGAGUCAUUUGUCUUAAACAUUCAUUCCUAAUCCGUUUAGUGUAUUUGCAUGGCAUCGCGUUAUUCAUCUCCAAAGUGCCGCAAGGCUGAAAUGAACUGAAGGUUUGUGUUUUGGAUGUGUGAGGGGCAAGGGAAGUUGUUUUUGCAGACUUUAAGUCGAGAUCUCCAGGUUCUCUCUUGUGCUAUCUCUCUUACGGAGACGAUUUAGUGCCUUCCCUGCCUGAGGCUGGGCUUCCUCCACACCCCUUUUGUCUUAUGCAAGCCCUUUCUACAAACCUCUGUUAAACCGUCUCUUUGUAAUACUGUAGCCAACGCUUAGUGUGCAUAAUGUUUAAUUUUUUUUUUUUUUUU